AUGGUAGAGUUAUAUGCUUCAGCCGAUCCCCCUGCUACCUACAAACUGCCCUAUCAUCCCGUGGCGGCCAUCAGCUACGAUCCCGUCAGGCAGGUCCUGCUUGAGCAGAAGGACCUUCAGGAGCGGGAAGAACGUCAUCUUCGACAACGGGAAAAGGCAAGGAGGCAUCAGAGCGGGACAACGUUAGGGGCCGUCUGCAAACGUCUAGCCUACUUCUUUACCUUCUACACAAUUCUCGUAUUGCUUUUCUUCGGUUACCUCAACUGGUACAUGUACUUCCAGGUGUCGCGGGACUAUCCGAAGCUCACUGGCUGGCAGAGCGCCCUGCAGAUGAAUCCGGGACUCAGUCAGGUGCCAAACCCCAACAUCUUCAACAGUCUAUUACGAUUUCGAACUCGGGAACCUCUGCCUUAUUCCAAGUAUCAGGACGAGAUUGUGGCUUUCCUGCACGCGUACCAGGACAAUACUGGUUGUAUGGAAAUGGAGGAUUGUGUCCAGGAGGGUGGUUUCAAUCAGGACGUUGAGCGUCCCUGUGCCUACGACCUGAACGCCGGGGGGCCAUGUAACAUCAUGAAUGGAUAUGGUUUCGACACAGCUCAACCUUGUUUUGCACUAAAAAUGGGCAAAAUUUACGGUUGGCUUCCGGAGCCGGUGGAUUUUGCGACAGGGGUACUGGUAAAGUGUGAAGGUGCUACCGAAGACGACACGAACAAUCUAGGCAUCAUACGCUAUUUUGACAUGGACUACAAGUUCUCCGCCAUUGCGCCUGGGAAGAAUCCUGGAAAGGUGACUAACGGCAGCUUUCAUUCCAUGUUCUUUCCCUAUCGAAAUCAGUACUGUUACCACCAGCCCCUGGUUUUUGUCCAGUUCGAUGGAGUCAGACGCAACAAACUCAUCAGGGUACAGUGCUACCUGAUUGCAAAAAAUAUUAAUGUAGACAUUGCUCGCCUUGAAGGAAGUACGAGGUUUGAAAUCCUCAUCGACUAG